AUGGGUCGUCGCAAAAUUGAGAUUGCGAGAGUGAAAGACUCUGCUGCGAGGCAAGUGACAUUCUCAAAGCGUCGAACAGGCUUAUUCAAAAAAGCAAACGAGCUUGCUAUCUUAUGCGGCGCACAAAUUGCUAUUGUUGUGCUCUCGCCUGGGAAUAAGCCUUACUCUUUUGGGCACCCAAGUGUUGAUGCUAUUGCGUCCAAGUUUUUUCAAAAAGAACUCAAUCGAAGUAAUGUUCGAGGAAACUCUUCUAUCAUCGAGGAUCUCAAUCAACAACUUGAUGAUUUGAGGGCACAAAUAAAUGUGGCUGAAAAUGAAGCUAAGGUCCAUGAUGAGAUCUUAAAUAAGCAUAAAGCUGAAAACUUCACUCAACUCAAGGAAUUGAAAAAUUUAUUUGUAGAGUUUAAGGAUACAGUGAAAUCACGUAUUUGUGAUAUAGAUAUAUCACAAUCUAUGAUCCUUCUUGCAAAGGAACCUGUUAUUGGAAUUAAAAACCAAGCUACGGAAAAGAGAAGAAAAAAUUAA